AUGGAAAAUCUCUUUACUUCCGAACAAUUCACCAUGACUACGAACAAUAUCGAAGCUACGAACGCCUCCUCCGGUUUCCCAGCUGCCGGUAAUGAAGACUUAAAGGUACAGUAUGAUGGAUCACUCGCAUCCAACGUUUCCGAAAUCAGUGGUGUGAAGCAUGAAACCUUAGACAAUGCAACUGCCGCUGUGCCUUCACAAGAAGAAACCGAAAAUCUUCCUCCUUCUGCGUUAUUACAGAAGAAGCAUGCGGUUGAGAACCACUCAAAACCUGCUUCAUUAAGAAGCACAUCGCAAAAACCCGCUGUUGAUGUGCAUUCAGAGGCUGCAUUUCCUACCCUUUCGCCCAAAGUCAACACUAAUAAACCAAAGAAUCCUUCUUGGGUUCGAAAGGCAGCUGGCGUUGGCUCAGCAGCUAACGAUGAUACCGCUUCUUCAGCUAACUCACCUACUUCUUCUAGCAGGACCGCUUCUACUUCCAAAGAAACGGAUUAUAUGACAGACACUUUGAUUUUGGGUCCUGACCAGCAAAUAUCUCGCCUUUCGUUUACUGGAAAACCAAACUCUGUUGCCGAUAUUGUCCGUACAAUUAUGCUGCAAACCUCUACCCGUAUAAAUGUCUCAACUGCAUCCAAGACGAAAAAUACCACCUUUUUAAUUCAAGGUAAAGUUGCUUCUGUCAAGGCAGCCCACAGACAAAUCAUCAGGUCCAUCGGUCGUCGAAACACCAUUAUUGUUCCUUGCCCUGUCUUUGUUGUCGGUGCUGUUAUCGGUUCCAAUGGUCAGAACCUCAAGACCAUCAUGGACCGUACCGGCACCCGAAUUCAAAUCCCAAAGCGCAACUCAUCUGCCGCUGAUGACAAUGAUAGCUUUACGAAGAACGAAAAGUCCACACUCUCUUCUCCAACUUCAUUGGACGAAAUGGAACCUCAGUACGAUUUGACUUCCGUUACCAUUGAAGGCGACUUUGAAGGCGCUGAACUCGCCAAAAAAGAAAUUGAAUCUAUAAUAAACGAACGCACUAGUCAUACUACUAUUCGCAUUAACACAAUUCCUACCGAUUUGUACAAUUUGCUUCGUGGAGCCGAUGGUUCAAAUAUUGCCGAAUACGAACAGGGCAAAGAUCUGAAAGUCCAAAUACCAUUUGCAUACUCCGACAGCAAUUUGCCAGUUAAUCCCAUUGUCUUAUUUGGCGAAAAGUCUUGCGUUCGUGAAUGUGCUCUUUUCUUACAAGGAAAGGCUGAGGAAUUAGCUCGUACUACAAUUCCCACUAUGAUUCCUGUCCCUCGUCGUCAACAUCGGUUUAUUAACGGAGAAAAGAGUGCUGGUAUUCAAGAUAUUUUGAGAAGCACUGGCUGUUCAGUUAUACUCCCUCCUAUCAAUAGCGAAUCAGACAUUGUCAGUGUUCGUGGCCCUGCAAUGAAUAUUAGUGAUGGUAUUAAAAUGACGAUGGAGCGUGCUAACUCUACAGUCAUUGAUGCUGUCAAUGUUUCCAAUGUCUUCACUUCUUUGAAGGAUCCUUUUAGCCAUGCUAACCUGCUUGCAAGAUUUUUCAUUCGCUCAAAGUUCCUUUCUCAAUAUGAGAAUGCCUUGAAAGUUCAAUUCCAUCUUCCCAAGCGUGAAGAGCUCCAGGAACCUACUAAUAAAUCUGUCAUCGUUGAAAUUUCUAGUAAAGACGGUGAGAACGUUCUCAACGCUCGUGCUACGUUGAUUAAGAUUAUUGGGCAGUUUCCUCCUCAUAAAUUUUAUAAUGUAGAGAUUGAUCCUCUCUUGCAGCGUUAUGUUAUCGGAUCUAAAGGUAAAAAUUUGCAAAAGCUCAGAGCUGAUCAUAGCGUCGAAUUGCUCAUCGGUGAUAAUGGUGAGGAUGACUCAAGUGUCAUUCUUUGUUUUACUGGAUCGGCUGAUGAAAAGCUUCCUGAACAGAUUCAAGAAGAAUUGGCAACUUUGGGUGAACGCAUUAAAUCUUCUGCUGAUGCCUCCGCUAAGAUUGUCUCUGAAACUUUCCAAGUACCUUCUGUUUAUCAUAAGCAUAUAGUGGGACCAAAGGGUACUACGCUGAAGGCAAUCCUUGGUAACUCUGAGGAAAAUGUUAUCGUUCAGCUUGGUAAGGUCUCUUAUCGCUCUGACUCUACUGAUGAUGAUGUCUAUGUUCGAGGAUUUUCGAACGACGUUCAACGUAUCACCAAUGAAAUAAAACAACUAGUCAGAGAUGCAAAGAAUCAUGAGAUUCUUCACUCAUACGUUGCUGAAUUUAAUUUUCCCGCUCAAUAUUCAAAGAAUAUUAUCGGCAAAAAUGGAAGCAAUGUAUCCACUCUUCGAGAAGAUUUUGGUGUUCAAAUAAAUGUUGAAGAAGGACAAGUACGCAUUCAAGGUAUUAAAAAGAAUGUUGAAGAAACUAAAUCUCGUAUUGAAGCUCAAGUCCAAGCUCUCAUGGAUGAUACCAUAAUCCGGGUUACCAUCCCCAAUGAAUUCCAUCGCCAGCUUAUUGGUGCCAGCGGAAAAUAUGUUAAACGCUUGGAGGAAAAGUUUACUGUCCGUGUUCGUUUUCCUCGUGAAGACGACUUGAGCGCUACCGGAGGUGAAGCUACUAAACCUUCAUCAGCUGAUGAAAUUGUCAUCCGUGGUAGCAAAAAGGCUGUUGCUUCUGCUAAGCAAGAGCUCAUUGAACUUUAUGAAUAUGAAAAAUCUAUUGCUUAUAGCGAAGCAAUAGAAAUCCCUUCUAAGGCUGCUUCUAGAAUCGUUGGCCGGAACGGUGCUACUGUAGAAAAAAUUCGUGCUCAACACGACGUCAAAAUUGAUAUUGGAGACGAAAGGUCUGAGGGUGCAAUUAAUGUUUCAGUACGAGGUUCUAAAGAAAAUGUUCAAGGUGCCAUCCAGGAAAUCAAAGUUAUUGCUGACGAAAUAAAAAAUCAAGUUGAGAAAGUUGUCAAAAUUGAUCGUGAAUACCACCGUUUCCUUAUUGGUCCUAGUGGAAGUAACUUACAAGAAAUUAUCAAGGAAUGCGGCGGUACAGCCGACAAAGCCGAAACUGCUCGUCUUGUAAGCUUUUCCAAUGGCAGUUCUGACGAAGAUCGCAAUUCUGUUGUGUUACGUGGCAACAAGCAACUUGUUGAAGCUUUGGAAUCUCGUUUCUUGCAAAUUGUGGAGGAACUUAAGAAUCAAGUUGAAAAAACCGUUGAUGUUCCUCAACGUAGCAUCAGUUCUAUCAUUGGAAGAAUGGGAAGCAGCCGUCGUGAUAUUGAAAAGAAAACAUCAACUUCUCUUACAAUUCCCAAUGUUUUAGAUCCUGAGCAACUUGUUAAGAUUACAAUUAUCGGUAGCCCCGAGAACUGUGAUAAGGCUAUUAAAAUGAUUCAAGAAAAAGUUGCUAGUCAAUACGCAGAAACCCUUGAGGUAUCCAAUAUUUUGUGUGAGCGAUUAACGAAUGGUCCAUUUAUCAGAAGACUUCGCAACGAUCUCAAGGUGUUUGUGGACGUACCUGGUGUUAAUAAACAAUUGGAAGGUUCCGAAGUUGUGCUUGAGGAUAACGAAGAAGGCCCUUAUCCUUGGAAGUUGGUUACCAAGCAAAAGAAUACUGAUGGUAGUUCAACCCUGACCAUUAGAGGACAUAAGGAAAACGUUGAAAAGGCCAUUACUGCUUUGGAAAAGAGCCUUAAGCAACUUGAAGAAGAAUGCACUGGCUAUCUUUCUGUUCCUCCUAACUUGCAUCGCCAUAUUAUUGGUGCUGGUGGCUCCGCCAUUAACAAGAUUCGCAAGGCUGCUCAAGUUAAAAUUGACGUUCCCCGUACACCAGGUGUCGAUAUCAUUGUCAUCCAGGGAAGUCACUCUGGAGCUGCUAAAGCGAAAGAUUUGAUCAUUGAACGCUUAAGUGAGUCUCAAGAUUAA